UAGGUGGCUGCUGCUGCUGCUGUCUCCAUUUAUUUAGUCUCUCUCCGGUCGCAACGGCGCCUGCGCUCCCAGGGAAAUAAAUAAAUAAGGCGGAGAGGCAGAGCUGAGCUCUCCUGCGCCCUGAGCCUCGCAGGUCUUUUGUCUGAAGCUGGAAACAGCAGCGGCUGCUCCGCGGAUCCUCUCCUCCGCCAGCCAAGCCAGAAGGGAGCCUCUGCUUGGACCCCCACUUAAUUCUCCUCCUUCUCCUGCGAGAGACAACAAAAAAGGGAUUUCCCCCCUCCGCAAGAAGACUCCCAGAAGAAGGAAGGGCAUCCCCGGCGCGCAUCUGGGCAGCUGUUUGUACAAACAAAAAACUGGAAGAGGAAGGGGGGGGGCAAAGAGGGAUGAAAAAACACAACAACAACUCUUAAGGUUGACUUGGUCUUAAGGUGGAGGGUGGUCUUUUUGCUGGGUCCUUUUUUUAAGGUGGAUUUGACGUCAAGGUUGGAGAGGCUGGUUUUGUUUUUUUGAGGUGGAUUUACGCGUCUUGCAUCAGCUCGCGUUUUUGAGCUCCGGAUGGCCGGAGAUGGGUCGGUGUUCGUAGCCGGGCGGCCCAACGGGACGAGCUCUUUCUAGUGCUGGGGCUCAUUCACAAGGUCUUUGAUUUGGAGACUUGAUACCUAUUCUAUCAACACAUAAUAUAUGUGUUUUAAAUAUUGGUUUUAAUUCUCUCUUCCCCGCACCCCACCCCCACUUUUUCCUGGCGGCAAUAAAAAUGGGGAAAGUUUGGUAGCCAGGACUCGAACUCCCUCCCCUCCCGUCCCUUCGUAACAAUGACUAAAUCCCGGCCUUUUUACAGAAAAAGACAGCCGAUGGCCGAAGAAGAGGUGGGAGUCCAAAGCCAGAAAUUUAACUGCCGAGAGCUGGACAGGAGAGAAGUUUUGCUUUUUCAAGUUUCUAGUUCCUCUUGAUUGUCCUUGAAAGAGAGGGCUUCGGUGUCUUUCAAAACUUUAUUAUUAUUAUUUUUAUUGUGUGUGCGUAGGGUCCCACCCCCGCUUUAACAAAGAGGGUUUGGGGGAGGCCUUCGACUCGCCUUCCCACCCCCCUUUUCAACUAUACAUAUAUUGUUGCUAUUGCUACCAAGCUCCUUCUCGCCAUUCACACUUGAGGCCCAAACGUGGAAAGGCAUGGAGACGGUUGGGAAAUUUGAGUUCAGCAGGAAGGACUUGAUCGGGCAUGGAGCUUUCGCCGUCGUUUUCAAAGGGAGACACAAAGAGAAACCUGAAGUGGAGGUAGCAAUAAAAUGCAUCAACAAGAAAAACCUGGCAAAAUCCCAAACUCUCUUGGGAAAGGAAAUCAAAAUACUCAAGGAACUGAAGCAUGAAAAUAUCGUUGCCUUGUAUGACUUCCAGGAAAUGGCCAACUCUGUUUACUUGGUUAUGGAGUACUGCAAUGGUGGAGACCUGGCAGAUUACUUGCACAGUAUGAGGACCCUCAGCGAAGAUACGAUCAGACUCUUUCUGCAGCAAAUUGCUGGCGCCAUGAAGGUGCUACACAGCAAAGGGAUUAUCCACCGGGAUCUGAAACCUCAAAACAUCCUCCUUUCUUUUGUGGGGGGCAAAAAAUCAAACCCCAAUAACAUUCGCAUUAAGAUCGCUGAUUUUGGAUUUGCACGAUACCUGCAGAGCAAUAUGAUGGCUGCGACUCUCUGUGGCUCCCCCAUGUAUAUGGCCCCAGAAGUCAUUAUGUCCCAGCACUACGACGCCAAAGCUGACCUGUGGAGUAUUGGCACCAUCAUUUACCAAUGUCUGACUGGAAAAGCCCCCUUCCAGGCAAGCAGCCCUCAAGACCUUCGGCUCUUCUAUGAGAAAAACAAGAUGCUCAUGCCCAACAUUCCAAGGGAGACAUCAGCCCACUUGAGGCAGCUGCUGCUAGGACUCUUGCAACGGAAUCACAAGGACCGCAUGGACUUUGAUGAAUUUUUCCACCACCCUUUCUUGGAUGCAAGUGCCUCUAUGAAAAAAUCUGCUUCUGUGCCAAUGCCUUCUUAUCCGAGCUCUGGGUCUGGGAGUUCGUCCAGCAGCUCUUCCACAUCCCAUCUCGCAUCUCCUCCCUCCCUUGGAGAGAUGGCACAUCUCCCCGAGAAGGCUUUAGCCUCUCCUACCCAGCCCGGCUUCCUUCAUGGGUCGAAGGAGUCGGCUGGUGGCAGCAGCAAGAACUCCUCCUGCGACACCGACGACUUCGUCAUGGUGCCAGCCCAGUUUGCAAGUGAUAUCGCUGUGGAGGCUGCAGGAGGAAAAACUAUCCAGGACAGCCUGAUGUGUAGUGGGAGUUCCCUGGUGGCUUCAGCAGGCUUGGAAAGCCAAGGAAGAACCCCAUCUCCUUCUCCUCCUUACAGCAGUUCUCCGAGCCCAUCAGGUCGGCCUGGGCAGUUUUCAUCAGGCAGCAAGCAUGGGCAGUCGGUCCCCAUCCCAGUCCCCACACAGAUCCACAACUACCGGCGGAUUGAGCAGAACCUUCAGUCUCCUAAUCAAUACACUUCCCCACGGUCCGGAACAGUCAGAAGAUCAAGCAGCAGCAACAGCCCACUUGGUUUCAUGAAGGCCAGCCCUUCCCCUCCUUUUGCUGCUGCGGAGCACGGAGCUGUCCCAACCUCCAGAAGGUUCUCCUUUGGGGGCGCUAAGCCUUACACGCCAUCCCCACAAGUUGGAACAAUUCCAGAGCAGCCUGACCAGACCGUUCUCCCUUCUCCUCCCUUUGGAACAGAGAUGAGAAGUCGGGUGCCCAUACCUGGUGCCUCAGUGCCUGACCCUUCCCCCCGAGGGAUGGGCUCCCGUCUCCACAGUGCUCCCAACCUGUCAGAUUUGCAUUCCUGCCGGCAGAAGGUUACAAAGCAGUACUCCGAUCCUCUGGUUCCCCAUUUCAACCAGGCCGCUGCUGGCCAGCCAGCACAGACGCACGGCCUGCAACCUUGCCGCCCGCUGAGGUCCUCGCCAAAGUUCUCCGAGUUUAUGCAGAGGAGCCCCUUGCCAACCAUAAUGGGCUCUCCAACAAAGGUCAUGCCUCCUUUUGAGUUCAACAAAACCCCAAGCUCCCAAAACCUGCUCGCCCUCCUGGCACACCAGGGCGUCAUGAUCACCCCGACAAGGAACAAGACGCUGCCAGACUUGAAGGACAUGGGUCAUUUCCACUGCCAGCAGGCAGGCCUAGGAUUGAGGCCUGUGGAAGAAGCCAAGGGCAGGUCACUCAGCACUGGUCGCCUCACUGAUCUCCUCCUCAAAGCUGCUUUUGGAAGCAAUGACAGUUUGAACAAUGAGAAGCCCAUGGAAAUCACAGCGCCUUCUGCUGUCUGUGGAGGAAACUUACACUCUGGGGCCAGGGAUGGCGGCUCUGCAAGCCCCUCCCCAGUGGUCUUUACUGUUGGUUCCCCUCCCAGUGGGACAACCCCACCGCAGACCACCAGGACCAGAAUGUUUUCAGUGGGAUCUUCCAGCUCUCACAGUUCGGGAGGGUCUUUCAGUGGGCGGCACUUCAUCAUGAGCGCCGGCGGGGAUGUGCUCGAAGCCCCAUCGGGUGUCAGAUAUACUUUUGCCGACCCCAUCACUGCCAACCUGGAGGGAGCAGUCACCUUUGAGGCCCCCGAGCUACCGGAGGAGACACUCAUGGAGCAAGAGCACACGGACAUCCUUCGCAGCCUGCAGUUCACCCUGGCCUUCGUCCACUACGUGAUGGAGAUAGCGGCCGUCAAAGGGAACACCAACGAGAUGAGCAGUUCGGUGGCCUCCGAGUACCAGCUCCAGGAAAGCGUCGUGGCUGACCAGAUCAGCCUGCUCAGCAAAGAAUGGAGCUAUGCAGAACAGUUGGUGCUGUACUUGAAAGUAGCAGAGUUGCUGUCCGCGGGCCUGCAGAUGGCCAUAGACCAGAUCCGGGCAGGCAAGUUGUGCCUCUCCUCCACCGUCAAACAAAUUGUGAGGAAGCUCAACGAUCUGUAUAAAUCCAGUGUUUCCUCCUGCCAUUGCCUGAACAUGAGGUUGCAGAGGUGGUUAUUGGACAAGCAAAAGCUCAUGGAUCGCAUCAACAGCAUCACGGCCGAGAAGCUCAUCUUCAGCCACGCCGUGCAGAUGGUUCAGGCAGCAGCGCUGGAUGAGAUGUUUCAUCACAGAGAAGAUUGUGCGCAACGAUACCACAAGGCACUGCUGCUCAUGGAGGGGCUCUUGAACAUCAUCACUGAGCAAGGCGACAUUGAGAACAUUAAUAAGUGUAAAAUGUGUAUUGAACGCCGGCUGUCGGCUCUACUAUCUGGCAUCUGUGCAUGAGGAAAAUAGCCCUUAACUCCGCAGGUGAUCAUUUUCCAUCUCUAAGCACCUGCUACCAAGAUGACAAAGCACUGUAUGAGCAAGCCCGUCGACAACGAAUUUAUUGGAUGUCAAUGGCGGUUUCCCUGUUUUGGCGUCCUUCGAAGAGAACUUCCCCCGGGUCGGACAUGGAAUUGCUACAAUCUUUGUGUGUGUGUGUGGCCACAAUACAAACCGGGGAAAGAUGAUGGUCGAUACAGAAGGCUUGUUCCCCUUGCCCCAACUCACCAUCUGGUGGGAAACAGCUGGGUAAAAAAAGGAGGAGAAGGAUCAAGCCUCCUUUCAUGCCUGUUUUCGGAGAGCAGGAUUGCUACUGAACUGGCCUUGCCUGGAGCAUUGAGGUCCACUGCUGGCGGUGAAUGAUCCAGACGUUUCUGCUCUUGAAAGGAAAGAGGUUUCUCCGGAAGGGGGAAUGUCCCUCUUGGCCAGUUCUGCAAUCCAAGCCCUCGUCUGCUGAUAGCCAAUCACUUGGGAGCACUGUUCCUACUACGCCUCUCAUUGCUCACCGUACAGGAAGAGCAACCGCGGUUAUGCAGCAGGUGUGAAAGCCAGAAGCUCACCUUGCUCUGAGUAGUUGUGGCUUCUUAUGUUAUUCCCCCCCCCCCCCCCGCUGCAGUGCUGGAAAUCUUGAGUUCAGAGUCCCUUACCUACAUGACGGACAGAAGCAGGGUAGGUUGGGAUGGGAAGCAGUUCUUCAUUUCCUACGUGGACAUGGGCAGAGCUGAAGAGAGCUUGUAUAUACAGACUGGAGCACUGGGACUUGGACUCCAAACUCUCUUGCUUUGGUCUCAAGCAGCCAAAAUGUUUUUCUUCUUCGCCCAAAAGGGAGUCGUUCAGUAGAUGCAUGGUUGUAGCCCUCUCCUCCCAUGGCCUGCGUCUAAGCAUGAGAAGGCAUCUGUGCUGUUUUUGGCUGUUGCCCAGAUAAGCAAUCCCUUCUCCCAGAGGGCUGGGAAGCAAUAUAAGAAAAACACACGCAACACACUUACUAGCUUUGUGAAUCAAAGGAGCACUUUACAGACAACAUGAACCUGAGCUUUGGAUACUUGGCAGCCCCGCAGUGAUCCAAAAAUGUCGCAACUUCUAGGAAUGCUGUUCCCCUGCCUUUCGCCUGCCCUCCCAUUGCCUCACGUGUUGUUGAUUGUUUGUCUGUUGGGUGGUUGUUGUGGUUGUUUUAAAAGAAAUUGCACUACAAGUGUGUAUGUGUUUUUGUGCGCACGUGUAUACAUAUUCAUAUAUAUUACCAAGUUAAUAUAUAUUAAUAUGUGUAUGGUAUAUAAUAUAUAAUGAUGCUCUAUGUGUUAACUGUACUGUAUUUUAUGCUUGUGAGGAGAAAAAGAAAAUUAACAAUCAAGCAGUCUAUGUUCUUUUCAUGACCAGCGGCACUAGCGUGAAAAAAAUCAGUACCAUUUUUUGUCUUUUCCUUUUUUUAAAAAAAACUGAUGUGCUGUUUGGAGGUCCAGAUUUUUUGAAAACUCAAGGAUGAGAUCUCGAUAUUGUGCAUGCUUCAUUCCUGCCCCCUCCAUUGUUUAUAAAACAAAUGCCCCCCUUUUUUGGCUGUUGUUGUUAACCUCUUCAAAAGUUUUCUCUCUCUUCCCCACCUCGAUUUAAGGCGACUAAGCAGCCAAAGAGAAAGAGGAGGCACACACUGUGUGUGUGUUUUGUGUAGGGCUGUGCUUUGUGUGUGUGCAUUUAGGCUUGGGGAUGUUGUGGCUGCGAGCAAAUGCCUGAUAGGCUACCUUGUGCACGGUUUUAAUGCAACAGAUCCGGUUUGCCGCUGUAUUUUGUCCAUGCUGGGCAAGAAAGCAUCCUUGGCAAACAAAACCUGGAUUUCAGGCUUUUUGUUUGUUUGUUUCUUUUUCAAAGAGUGGGUCAAGUAUAUCUAUUUGCACAUGGUUUGCUUUUCAUCACUUGUGUGUAUCCCCCCCCCCUUGAAAAUAUGUAAGGGACAGCCAUAGCGACUUUGGAUACCCUGUUUCAAAGCUCCUUGCAAUAGGUGUCACCUUGCAAUAGGUGCAAUAGGUUUCACACACUCACCCCUGUGUGUGUUCAAUCAGCACAUUUUGAUAGGAUCUGUCGUUUGCCCCAGCCCCUUCAGCAUAGCUUCUCUUAUCUUCUGCUUCUAUGGCAACUCAGCAGUACCUAGCACAAAGGAAAGAUCCUCUGUCCUUCUGGUAUGAUAAAGGCUUGUCACUUGUAGUUAUGGAACCAGUGGUUGCUUGUGAAAGGGGUACUCUGCUGGUACGAUUCACCCUGUAGUAUUACACACACACACCCCGAGUUGGAUUUGAAGUUCCUUAGGAUGUUACUGUGCACCUACAAGUCUAUGUGGCAAUCCCACAUAGUAGGAAUCCUAUGCGAAGCCUUUCAGGCCCUUUCCCUUUGUUAUUAGUUACACAUGCACAACUUAGGAUGACCCUCUGUCCUCCUUUGCAGAGGACUGCCAGGGACAGAAGGGAGAUCAGGGGCCUCAAAGUUGUCUCCCAACAGCAAACGGGCCACUUGGGCACCAUCUUCCCUGUUAUUGUGAGACCCGCAUUGUAUUUCUAUUUAAAUUGAUCAUUUCUAGUUUUCCAUAUAUAUUACCCCAUGCAAAUGUUAUGUCCUCUAUUGCCCUAUUGGGUUCGGUACGGGUGGCAGUGCAUUUUAUCUUUUUGGCAAUGCCACAGUGAUCACCCCAGCAUGCAAGUGUGUGUGUGUGCGCGCACGCGCACACACACCCCUCUCGGGCACCAUUCAUUGUGACACCUGCCUGCCAAACAAAAUAUUAACAAAAAUGGUCACGAGUCCCUGCACAGUACCAGAGACAGAAUUGGGGGGGGGAGGACCAGUAGAUAAAAGCAGAGACUCAAAUCACCCCCACAAUGUGUUUCUUUCUUCCUAAGUUCCUACUUUUAUCAUCUGUACCCUUUCCCAGGUCCUCAUGUUUCCCCGCUGCCUGAUAAUUCUGCUUUUCCUCGCAAAAACAUAGCCUGCUUAUCCUGGGCAUUUCAAGUCGUUCCAAGCUGUUGCUUGAUAAAUUAAGUUUUAAACCAUUCAUCUGAGUUUGCAUCUGUUUCCAUAUAAGUAGGGUGGCAGUUGUGUGUUUAUGUGUGUUGCGAUCAGCACCAUCUUAGAAAAUGCAUGCUCUCCAAAUUUUUAGAAGAACUUUUAAUAAUAAUAAUAAUAAUAAUAACAACAACCCAUGUUGCCCAGUGAAUUUGAGGGUGCUUUUUCCCAGUUGAUCAAGAGGUUUUAGCCGUGCAUCUAGCUGCUUGACUAAACGCUGCAUCCCUAAUCAGCCGACCUUCUUACAUACCUUGCAUCGAGAUCUCUGACAGCCUUGGAGUUGGUUCCGUAGAAAAAGGUUCACUGGACCCAGGUGAGAGCGAAACAGACAAGCGGAACCAUAACAACAUGGCAGCCUUAAGAGAAAGAUAUUGGUUCACACCACUGGAGAUGCUUGUGAACCAGGCCCAGUACCAGCGUGCAGGAUCCUUGGGAAGCUGCUGUGGUCCUCGCAGCCCAGCAGGGAUGCCUGCUCCCGUCUUUCCUCCAGUCAGUGCCAGGCACCCAGGCCCUUGUGGGGGCUGCCAAGCUUAAUCCCAUUGGGUUCACCCUCCUGCGUAGGGGCUCACAGACCUAGGAGAGGGUCCCAUCACCCCAGCCAUUGCUUCUUGCUCUUCCAGACUCCCCAGUACUCAAGCCAGUAGCUUUGCUCCAAGGUUCGCUUCACAAAGAAACUACCUUUUCCUUCCCAGCUGUUUCUGAAAGGCAGUUGUUUAGAAGCCAGCUUUCAAAAGCCGUGAGGUUUAAUUCUGCCAGAUCUGCUUUUAACUUCCCAGCUGUAUGUAGUUACUUGAAUGUAUCAAGAGUUCUCCACAACCAUCUAGUUGCUCUCCCCAUGUCCCUCACGUCACACACACACAAAAAAGAUUUGGUUUACAGAACUUCAAUAGAUAGAUAGAUAGAUAGAUAGAUAGAUAGAUAGAUAGAUAGAUGAUAUAGAUAUAUUUUCCUCAAUACUUGAAAUUUAGCCACUGCGCUUGGAUUACACAGAGUAGAGGCAAGGUAUCUCUUUUUGCCACCAUGUGGGUGAUUUUAAUAUUAUUUUUCAAUCUUAAAACUGCACGCAAGCAUGAAACGUCAGGUAGGUGGGUUUGUGUUUGUUUGCUUUUGUUUUGCUUUUGGUGGGAAAACUAGUAUUUAUUGCUUUGUUUAAGGAAUAGAAGAGAGGUUUGGGAAAGAGAGCAAGGAAACCAAGCAGAAGUGGCUAGUCCAGUCUAUUCACUCUCGUUCAUGGAUUUGUUACUGUCUCAGUGCCCCGUAUGUAGCGUCCUGACUAGAUUUCAAGGAACCUCAGCCCUGAUAACGUGUAUGUGAGAAAGUGUGCUGUAUGGGGGUUUUUUCCCCCCACAUGGUUAUGCUUGAUAACUUUUGUCCGUUGUUAUUUUUUAAAAAAUUCAUGUUGUGUGACUUUUUUUUGUUCGUUCUUGCUUUAAAUUGUACAAUGCUGACUUAAGAAAAUAAACUGAUUUUUAAUUGUU